AUGACUGUCAUGUUUGUGACCAUGAGGCGCAUUGGAUAUAUAACUGCGUUUCUGCUCUCUGCGGCUGUCCUCGGAUUGUCGGCCAACUUCGCAAGAUUAUUCCUCCCGCAUAUCAAUCGUGAUUUCGUUAUCUUCGCCCUGAUUCCACCAUCAGCCACCAUCUUCGCUUUUCUAUGGAUAAUGCAGUUCUCGCAGCCGAUAGUGGAGGUGACGCUCCACUUCAUCGUCGGUGUGUUGUGGCUAGCAUUGGGUGCAUGGUCCGCGGAUGUGAUCGGAUAUCAGCAAUGCUACCCACUCCAAACACAGCAGCCUACAACCAAAGGAAGUAUCUCUUCGCGAUCAUAUUGCUACCAAAUGAAGGUCACUGAAGCCUUAUCGUGGACUCUAUUCGUGUUAUUUGUAUUCUUCUUCAUUAUCCUGAUCACGCUUACGUCGCGUGCAGUCAUUUGUGGCCGGUACUAUGCAUGGCGGGAACACGUCUCGCAGCUAGGCUGGUUUGGAGAAUUUCCAGGAUACCCCACUGAAGCUAUUUACCCGCGAACCCCAAUGUAUGGAGGAUACGGUCAGCCAUAUCCAAUGAUGGGAGCAUACCAUGUACAACAGAUGCCUGGUCACUCCGUCGUGGUUCAGCCAGGUGUUAAUGGUGGCCAGCCUAUGGUCACUCACAUGCCGGCCUAG